CUGAAAUCUGAAAUCGUUCAUCAUUCGGCUAAGUUGUCAUUAUCCCGGCGACUGAUUAUUAUGUGCGAAAUAAAAUAAAUUCAAACAAUAAUAAAGAAAUAUACAAGUUGCAUUUAUUUAAAAGCAUUCGUGUAACAAGAUAAUUUUUUUACAUUCCUGCAAAAGUGUCAGUCAACAAAAUGUUAUCAACAAUAUGUCGCAAAACCUUCCCAAGGGUACCAAGGCCAGCAAGCCUCAGUUCUGUAAGAAUGCUCUCGGAAGUUCAGAAUCCCAAGACAGCUAUUGUCAUGCUCAACAUGGGUGGACCUACUCAUAUUGAUCAGGUAGGAGAUUACCUACACCGUAUUAUGACGGAUAGAGAUAUGAUACAAUUACCUAUACAAAAUAAAUUAGGCCCCUGGAUAGCGUCGCGACGAACAGAGGAAGUCCAAAAGAAAUAUAUGGAGAUUGGAGGCGGAUCACCUAUUCUUAAGUGGACUAAUAGUCAAGGUCGUCUAUUAGUAGAAGCUUUAGACAAGUUAUCCCCGGAAACUGGGCCACACAAACAUUAUGUAGCGUUUAGAUACGUACCGCCCUUCACUGAAGAAACUUUCGCGCAGCUUGAGAAAGACGGUGUAGAACGUGCAGUAAUAUUCUCCCAAUACCCGCAGUAUAGUUGUGCGACCACUGGUUCCAGCUUAAACGCUAUAGCCGACUUCUAUAGAUCCACGCCUGUUCCAAAAAAUAUAAAGUUCAGCAUGAUAGAGCGAUGGGCGAGUCACCCGCUAUUAGCCAAAGUGUUCGCUCAACGGAUUCAAGAGAAACUGGAGGCAUUUGACGCCAGCAUACGAGACGAUGUCGUCAUACUGUUCACGGCUCAUAGCUUACCUCUGAAGGCAGUAUCACGCGGCGACACAUACCCGCACGAGGUAGCCGCCACAGUGGGCGGCACUAUGCAGCAGCUAGCAGUGCCGAACCCGCACCGACUGGUCUGGCAGUCCAAAGUGGGACCCCUGCCGUGGCUGCAGCCUUAUACCGACGAUGCUAUUAAGGCAUACGCAAAGCAAGGUAGAAAACAUUUACUGCUGGUGCCCAUAGCGUUUGUGAACGAACAUAUUGAGACUCUACAUGAGUUGGAUAUUGAAUAUUGUUAUGAUGUAGCUAAAGAGGCUGGUAUAAAACAAAUUGAAAGAGCGGCAACACCGAACGUGCAUCCGACAUUCAUAGAAGCUCUCGCAGACGUCGUGAUCAGCCAUCUCAACAGCGGACAGAGAGUGUCUAAACAGUUCCUAACUAGAUGCCCACACUGCGUCAGUGCCAGAUGUCAGAGCUCAAAGGAGUUCUUCAGGGAACUCUGCACUGAUAAAUAUUAUGAAAAAAAUGUUCUAUAAGUUUAAACAAAUAAUAAUUUUGUCAAUAGCAGCUAGAUAAUAUGAAACAUCUGUAAUGAAUUAAGGAUCUUUUUCCUUUAAAAUGCACCAUUUGUAAGUA